AUGGAAACUAAAGUACAUUUAUUUUGCCAGGGAGAAGAAAAUACUGAUUUAUCAGAUGAUGACUAUAAUUCUUUUGCAACUGAUUUGCCAUCAAGAAAUAUUGACAGCAAGAAAUACAUCAAGUUUUCUAAAACAACAGAGAAGAGAAUUUCACCUGAAGUUACGGGUUUGAGCCCAGAACACACUAAAAAGUAUGAAACAUCAAUGUUCCUAUUUGGAGAAGAAAAAUCCUCUGAUUUUUCAGAGAAAAAAAAAGGCAGGAGAAAGAAGAGUUUACAAGUACAAUUGCAUACUAAAAGAACUGAGGUAAAUAAAGAUCUGGGAAUAUUUUUGCUUUCAAGUGUUGACAAGAUGACUAGAAAAGAAAGCUCUUUAUGCGAGUUGUCAAGUCAGUACAGCGUUCACAAGACUUUAUCACCCCUUGGUACAUCUUCCUCAGUUAUUCGCAAAGAUGGAAAGCUUUCUAACCUUUACCAGACAUUAUAUGAUGAAGUACCUGAAGGACAGUUAUACUCACAAGAAUUAAGUGCACUUCAGAAAACCUGUAAAAUUUUCAGUAAAAUUCGAGGUGGUAAGAUUUAUGUGAAUGAUCUGCCAAUGAUCCAUCGCAUCUUGAAUAUCUCUAUAAGUGACUCAGAAAUGAGAAAGGCACUGAAGACUAUUGAUAUUGAUGCAUUUCAGAAAGCCUUGAAGAUUUUCUGUAGGAUAAAAGGUGGUCGAGUUUCAACUUCUGAAGUGGGUGACGUUUUGGAUAACAUGGCUAUCCUUGUAAUCCCUGAAACUUUUCAGGAAGUGAUAAAGCAUGCUAGUAUUGACAGUAACCAAAUGGUGGAUAUUGGGGAUAUUAUAUUUACUUUGGCUGAAUUACAGCAACAGUAUGAGGAUGUUUCAAUUAUAAAAGGAACAGCCUUGGAUGAAGCUACUUCAAGAAAGUUAUCAUAUGUAUCAGGAUGCUAUCCACAAUAUACGAAGAAAAGCAUUUUAUCUUCCAGACUAUCUGAAUUGUCAUUAUCCCAAAAGUUAAAUACAAAGAGCCUCCAAAAUCAUACAAUUAUGAAGGGGAAUGAUGACCUUGAAUUUAAAAAAUCAAAAAAUAUUUUGCAAAUAAGAAAAUUCCAGGAUGAGGUUGACAGCAGUGAUGUAGAAUUCCAGGAACCAUAUUCAAAGGAUGGCAUAAACUUCAAGAGAAGUUCAGAGAAGGUUGAAAUUCAUGACUCAAAGUCUAAACCACAAAACUUGAAGAGUGUUACAAGCCUCAAAAAGUCCCUGGAUAAAAGUGAUAUUUUUAGUAUCCCAAAACUUCAGAAGCCAGCUGUGAGAAGGCGCGCCAGCCUUCUAAAACAUGUUUUAUCUAAGGAAAAAACUGCAAUUAAUGCUCUGGGAAAUGUCUGUGAAGCUAUCAAUAAACUCUGAGAAAAUUACAUUGAUACAGAAGAACCUCAGUCCAUUUUGCAUUCAGUAGGAAUUACUUUAUCAGAUAAAGAGUUCAAGAAGAUUGUGACAGACACUACUAGAAAUGAAAAUGGAAUGGUGAAGUUAGAUGAUGUUGUGCAUGCUCUCUCCAAAGAGCAAAAUCUUCCUGGAUAUGAUGCAUUGACUGAUGUCAUCAAAGCUAUUGAUAAAAUUAAAGAUGAAAAUAUUGAUUAUGGGGCUCUGAAUACUUGUCUUCAAAAUUUUGGAGUUUACCUUUCUAAGCCAGAAUUUCAGAAGAUCACAGAGUUGACUGAAGCUGGUGAAACAAAAAAAGUGAAUUUUAAAGAAUUCGUUGAUACUAUGAUGAGCAACACGGAACGCUUCUCUGAAAAAUUAUUAUUGCCUGAUACUAUUGAAAACCUCCACAAUCUUAGCAAAGAGAAGAUGAGUGCUCCUGACCUGUGGAAUGCUCUGUCUAGUUUGAAAAGUAAUUUAAAAAAAGACGAAUUCCUAGCUGCACUGAAGUUAGCAACAGUUAAUGAUGACUCCUGUUUAAUUGAGGCUGAGAUUAAAGAAGCUGCUCACAUCUUGUCACAUGUUGAUAAUGGCAAGAUUGGUAUACCUAACUUGCAGUGUGCCCUGAAAAGUCUGAAUGUUAAUUUAACUGAGGAGGACUUCAGUGAAGCUGUUAAAUGUUGUGACACCAGCAAUAAUGUGGUAGAUUUAAAAGAUUUCUUAAAGGAAAGUUUUAAAAGUCCACAUUUCAAAGAGUCUAUAGAUGAGAUCACCAGCCAGAGUGAUCUUUUGAAAGCUGAAAUCAAGUCAAGUUACUCCCUUCUUCAAGACCUCCAGUGA